AAGAUGUCGGCCCAGGAGAGCUGCCUCAGCCUCAUCAAGUACUUCCUCUUCGUUUUCAACCUCUUCUUCUUUGUCCUAGGCAGCCUUAUUUUCUGCUUUGGCAUCUGGAUACUCAUCGACAAGACCAGCUUCGUGUCCUUUGUGGGCUUAUCCUUCCUGCCCCUGCAGAUCUGGUCCAAGGUCCUGGCCGUCUCGGGAAUCCUCACUAUGGGCCUUGCCCUCCUGGGCUGUGUGGGGGCCCUCAAGGAGCUCCGCUGCCUUCUGAGCCUGUAUUUUGGGAUGCUGCUGCUCCUGUUUGCCACACAGAUCACCCUGGGAAUCCUUAUCUCCACUCAGCGGGUCCGGGUGGAGCGAAGCGUGCAGGACAUCGUAAAGAAGACCAUCCAAAACUACCACGCCAACCCGGAGGACACAGUGGCCGAGGAGAGUUGGGACUACGUGCAGUUCCAGCUGCGCUGCUGUGGCUGGCACUCUCCGCAGGACUGGUUCCAGGUCCUCAUCCUGAGAGGAAACGAGUCGGAGGCGCACCGUGUGCCUUGCUCCUGCUACAACUCAUCGUCGGCCAACGACUCCGCAGUCUUAGAUAAGAUGACCUUCCCCCAGCUCAGCCGGCUCUCACCUCUGGCGCGGCCCGGACCCAGUACAGACCUCUGCGUGGUCUCUGCAAAAAGCCACAUCUACCGCGAGGGCUGCGCGCAGAGCCUUCAGAAGUGGCUGCACAACAACCUCAUUUCCAUUGUGGGAGUCUGUCUGGGAAUCAGCCUAUUCGAGCUCGGCUUCAUGACGCUGUCGAUAUUCCUGUGCAGAAACCUGGACUACGUCUACGAUCGGCUGGCUCGAUACCGCUAGGCCCCGCCCCGACCCUUUGACGUGCCCGGCACUUCCCUGCCGCCUGUAAAUAUUUGUUUAAUCCGCAGUUCGCCCCAGGCGUUGAGGCUUCCUCACUCCCCUGGGGACCCAGGUGUCUGCGGCCCCGUUGCUGUACCUCUCCCCCGGGGCUUCGUUUCCUUGCCUCAUCUACCGGCCUGCCACCUCCCACAAGAUUAUCUUUCGCCUAAACCUCAAAUAAAUUUCCUGAACUUUGGUAAAA